UCCUGCUCGACUUUUAAAUCUACCCUCAUGUGAUCGUCCGAUCAUCUGCUUCCGGUUUAUCAUGUCAGUGUAGACUACGGUGUGGGCUGACUUGUUUGGAACUUGUUCAAGGAAAACUGCAGUUCAUAUCAACACAAUGUAUUCAAGACUGAUCAAGAUCAUCACAAUCGUAACAUUUUUAUCGACUUCCUCCAUAAAUGUAUUUGCAGAGGAAGGUCAUUGUAUUUGGUACGACACAUGUGGAACCGAUACUGAAACGGGAAAGAUCAUCAACUGUGCCUACAAUGGCACUGCCCAGCCCCUGGAAGACGAAGAAGCGGUGAAGAUAUACAGGGACUACUGUCCGGACCUCUACGACAUGACUAAUGGCAGUGCCCCUAUGACCUGUUGCUCUGCUGAGCAGCUGAAAAUCCUUCAGUCCAACAUGGAUGUCCCUAAGCAGGUGCUUUCACGAUGCCCUUCCUGCUUCCACAACUUUGUCAACUUGUACUGCUACUUCACAUGUGCCCCAGACCAUAGCAGGUUUUUGCGCAUCAAUACAACUGAAACCACCAAAAAUGCUACUGCCAAAGGAACAGUUGCCGUGAAGUCUGUGGACUGCCUGGUGUCUCCAUCAUUUGCCAAUGGCAUGUUCAACUCGUGUAAGAACGUGCAGAUGCCCAGUGCUAAUGAACGAGCCUUGGGUAUCCUGUGUGGUAAAACUGCUGAUCAGUGCACACCUCAGAACUGGCUGGACUUCAUGGGUGGCACAGGCAAUGGACAGACACCUUUCCAGAUAAACUUCCAUCUUGGAAACUCCAGCAAGGUCUUCCCGGAACUGGAACCACUUACAGCAAAAAUCAUCCCCUGUUCUCAGGCUCUGACUAACGACUCCAAUCCCUGCAGUUGCCAGGACUGUGCGGACAUGUGUACGCCCCAGAUCCCACCACCUCCACCACCAAAGCCCUGGAAGAUCCUUCACAUCGAUGGCUACUGCUUUGUCAUGGGAGCCAUCUUCAUCUUCUUCAUAGCCUUCUUUGGAGUGUAUGCGAUUUGCUACAACAUCAUUGUGCAGGACUCGCUCCUCCUGGAUGAGAUUGAUGAGGAAGAUGAAGACAACCGAAUCUACAGGAUUGAUGACCAGGGCAAGAAGAAGAGGAGGAAGAAUUCCUUCUCCUCCAUCAGGAAGGAUCAGCUAGGAUUCACUGAGAAGCUUGGAGCUAAGAUGGAGAUGAUGUUUGAGAAAGGUUUCAGUCGUUGGGGAACUAUGUGUGCCAGACACCCAUACAUCGUUUUUGGCGUCAGUGCUGUCAUCAUUGCCAUCUUGCUUGGUGGUAUGCUGUUCCAGGUCACCACGCCGCCUCAAAAACUGUGGUCAGCUCCAGAUAGCCGUGCUCGACAGGAAAAGGAAUACUUUGACAACCAUUUUGUGCCAUUCUACCGAGUUGAGCAGAUGAUCAUCACCCGGACUGGCAACCAUUCCAAGGUCGCCCACAAGUCCCCGCCUCCAUCCACAGAGUAUGAAUACUUCCCAGCUAUCUUUGAUAAAGAGUUCCUGCAUCAGGUUCUGAGACUGCAGAACACACUGGAGCAUCUGACAACAAAGCUCGGCAACGACACCGUGAGUCUGCAGGAUAUUUGCUUCCAGCCCAUGGCGCCAGUAUACCCCAACUGUACCAUUCAGAGUAUCUUCCAGUACUACCAAGACUCGCAUGAAAUGCUGGACAAGUCAGUAAACGACAGCUCGGGUUUCUUUGUGGAGGCGGAUUACCUGGACCACUUCCUCUACUGUGUCAGAGCCCCUGCAUCGCUGAAUGACACCACCAAGCUCCACACCUCAUGCCUAGGAACGGACGGGGCACCCACCUUCCCCUGGGUGGCGCUCGGAGGGUAUGAUGGUGAGAACUACCAUAAUGCUACUGCACUGGUUAUAUCAUUCCUGGUCAACAACCAUGUGAACGAGGCAGACAACGCUAAGGCAGAAGCGUGGGAAUCAGAGUAUCUCAAAUUCAUGAAGAGUUACUCCAACCCCAACAUGUCUAUUGCCUUCUCCUCGGAGCGUUCAAUCCAGGAUGAGAUCAACCGAGAGAGUAGUUCUGACGUCAUUACAAUCCUCCUAAGCUACCUCAUCAUGUUUGCCUAUAUCUCCCUGACCCUUGGCAAGAUCAACACCUGUGCCAGAUUCUUUGUUGACUCCAAAAUAACGAUGGGUCUGGCCGGCGUGCUGAUUGUGCUUCUGUCUGUGGGGUGUUCAUUAGGCUUCUUCAGCUACGUAGGCCAGCCAGCAACACUCAUCAUCAUCGAGGUUGUGCCGUUCCUUGUGCUUGCUGUGGGUGUGGACAACAUCUUUAUUCUAGUACAGGCAUAUCAGCGUGAUGUGCGGCUAGCGUCAGAGGACCUGGAGCAGCAGAUUGGCCGCAUUUUGGGCAGAGUGGGUCCUAGCAUGAUGCUCACCAGCUUCUCCGAGUCCAUUGCUUUCUUCCUGGGUGCCCUGACCGACAUGCCCGCAGUGAAGAUCUUCUCUCUGUAUGCUGCAAUGGCUGUCUUAUUUGACUUCCUGCUGCAGGUCACGUGUCUGGUGGCGCUGAUGUGUCUGGAUGCCAAGAGACAGGAGAAAAAUCACUUUGACUGCUGCUGCUGCGUGAAGAUGAGGAACGUAGAUAAGGAGGAGAAACACGAGGGCCUUCUGUAUACAUUCGUCAAGGAAUACUACUCUCACUUCAUCAUGAAGGAGUGGGUCCGGCCGAUUGUGAUGGUCAUCUUUGUUGGGUGGUUCUGUGCUAGUUGUGCCAUGGCACCAAGGAUUGAAAUCGGGUUGGAUCAAAAACUCUCCAUGCCAGAGGACUCGUAUGUUCUUGACUACUUCAACAACAUAUCUACCUACCUGUCUGUUGGUCCACCCGUGUACUUCGUUGUGAAGAUGAACCACAACUACACCAACACAGCUGGGCAGAAUGAUAUCUGCGGCGGCAACGGUUGUCCGGAAAAUUCUGUACUUGGACAAAUCUUUAAGGCAGCACAACAGGCUAAUUACACCCGCAUCGCUCACCCUGCCUCCUCGUGGCUGGACGACUACUUCAGCUGGAUCACCCCCGAUGGCAACCCACCAUGCUGCCGCUACUACGAGGACACAGAUACUUUCUGCAAAGCUACAAUUGUUAAUGACUCCUGUGUUAAAUGCAACUUAACCAACUUUGAAAAAGGACGUCCAUCUGAAGAGGACUUCAUGACUUAUUUGCCCUGGUACUUAGAUGACAUUCCAGAAAUCAAGUGUUCCAAAGGUGGUCAUCCUGCGUAUGGGUCUGCUGUAGAACUACUGAACAAGAACAAGACUGUAGGAGCAACAUAUUUCAUGACGUACCACACUAUUCUGAAGACUAAUGAAGACUACAUCACUGCUCUCAAGAUAGCAAGAGAAAUAGCCAGCAACAUCACACGGGAUCGGAACUUCACAGAGGAAGGAAGUUCUGUCUUCCCGUACAGCAUUUUCUACGUCUACUAUGAGCAGUAUCUGACAAUAGUGCAUGACACCAUCAAGAACCUGUCCAUCUGUGUCGGCGCCAUAUUCAUCGUGACGUUUGUCCUGCUGGGCUUCGAACUGUACUCUGCCAUCAUGGUCGUCAUCACGAUUGCCUUCAUCCUGGCUGACAUGUUGGGGCUGAUGUAUUUGUGGCAGAUCUCCCUCAAUGCUGUGUCACUGGUCAACCUUGUCAUGACUAUUGGUAUAUCGGUAGAGUUCUGUUCCCACAUUGUGAGAGCCUUCACUGUCAGCACCAUGCCCACUCGCAAGGAGCGCGCCAAACAUGCCCUGGCACACAUGGGGAGCUCGGUACUGAGUGGUAUCACUCUCACCAAGCUGGGAGGUAUCAUUGUGUUGGCUUUCUCCAAGUCGCAGCUGUUCCAAGUGUUCUACUUCCGCAUGUACCUGGGUAUUGUCGUGUUCGGGGCAACACAUGGCCUGAUCUUCCUACCAGUUCUGCUCAGCUAUGUUGGGCCUCCAAUGAACAAGGCUAAGGUGUACUAUAGUCGAACAGAAGCAAUACAGGCCUCCAAUUAACAAGGCUAAAGUGUACUAUAGUCGAACUGAAGCUAUGCGGGAUGCUGACAGUAACAUCAACCGCAACAUCGAGCGUCGCAACAUCAUGUCAGACCAAGAUGACAACCCUCCAAGCUAUGAUAGCCUCCAU